AUGGCUACCGGAAUGCCAGCUGAUGAGGGUGGUAUACGUCUUGAAGAAGAUGAUAUCUUGGAUAAUGGUAGUGAUUUGCUAACAUCUACGGAUCAUAUGAGCGAGGAUCCUGAUAUGGAUGCUUUGACAAGUCGUAUGAAAGAAAUAGAGGAAGAGGCGCAGUUAAUACGCCAGAUGCAAAGUGAUGUUGAAAAACAGAUGAACAUGAGCACAGGCAGCAAUACGUCACAAAGUGUUGCUUCCAUCGAAGACAAAAUUGAAGCUGAUAGUAGAUCUAUUUAUGUUGGGAAUGUGGACUAUUGUUCAACUGCCGAAGAACUGGAAGCUCAUUUUCAUGGUUGCGGUUCCGUAAAUAGAGUAACGAUUUUGACAGACAAAUUCACAGGGCAUCCUAAAGGGUUUGCUUACAUUGAAUUUUCCGAUAGAGAAGCUGUGCAGACUGCUUUAGCUCUUGAUGAGUCAUUGUUUCGAGGUAGACAGAUCAAAGUUUGUGCCAAAAGAACGAAUCGACCAGGUGUAAGUAGUACAAAUCGACCUCCACGUGGACGUGGUCGAGCAGGCGCACGUGUUAUCGUGAAAUAUAUUUAUGCGGGCUAUCGGGCCAGGCGGCUAACCAGACGUCGCGGAGUUUUCGCACCAUAUUGA